AUGGAACGACUAGAAGAGGAUAGGAAAUAUAAUGGUGUUUGGGGAGAGAUUGAGAAAAUGUUGAAAUAUCAACUGGAAUCAAGAUCACAGUGUUUAAGAGUAAUGAAAGAUGGGGCAGGAAAAUAUAAGGGAGAUUGCAAUUUUUUACCAGUUAGUUCAGUUGAUGUAUUUCUGAUGAUUUUUGAGCCGUUUGAGACAAUGUGGACAACGAAAAAUAUUCUAACAAAUUUUCGUCAGCUACGGCUAUACAGGAUAAAUGCAGCAUGCUUUCGUACAACAUCCUUAACCAGAUGGCAAAACUUCGAAAACGAACGACAUUUCGAGCCUGGAGAAGAUGUUUUGAAACGGAUGUGGUAUGCUUUGAAAUAUGAUGUAAAGCGGUGGAAAAGGCGCUGGAAAGAAGCCAAAAUGGAUCCAUAUCAGAGGAAUAAUCCCAUUGCACACAUAAAACGACAUACAAUGGAUCUUGAGUUGUUUCCGUUCGAAACUCAAGUAUUAAUCAUUGGAGGCGGCUUGAUAGGAUCGUCUGUUGCAUAUUGGUUAAAACAAACGUUUCGUGAUGAAGACUACAAAUUUGCACAGUGUGCUUCGAUGUUAACAUGUGGUGGUAUUUCACAACAGUUUUCAGUCCCAGAGCAUGUAACGAUGUCAGUUUUUGCCGCUGAAUAUCUUCGUCAUGCUGGCGAACAUUUGCGAAUUUUAGACAACGAUCCUCCUGAUGUACACUUUUUACCAAUGGGUUUCAUGUAUUUGGCUCGCACAGCCGAAGAAGUAGAUCGAUUGAAGCGAAAUUGGAAAGUGCAAACGCGAAAUGGUGCCCGAAUCGAUUUGUUAAGCCGUGAUCAAUUACGUGCAAGAUUUGCCUUUAUCAAUUUUGAUGAUGUACUGCUCGGAUCAUAUGGUUUAGAAAAUGAAGGUACAAUCGAUUCUUGGCAAUUGUUAUCAGCUAUACGGGAAAAGAACCUUACUUUGGGUGUGCAGUACCUUAAAGGAGAAAUAGAAGGUUUUUAUUUUGGCCAAAGAUAUGGUACUACAGAAAUACACAGUAUUACAGAUGAUGCUGAUGAAGCAGUUUGGCGUAAUAUGCAUAUUUAUGGGGCUUAUGUUCGACCGCAAAUGACAGAUGCUUCUGCUAGGAUCAUACGGUCGAAUCAUAUUGUUGUUGCUGCCGGUGCCUGGUCUGGUCGCAUUGCCGAAAUGGCAAGAAUUGGGAAGGGGCGAGAUUUGCUGGCUGUUAAGAUACCAGUUGUUGCACGGAAGCGUAUGAUGUUUGUUGUACAUGUACCGGAUGUCCCCGCCUUAGAUAUGCCAGCUCUUGUCGAUCCCAGUGGUGUUUAUUGUUUGAUGGAAGAAAUCGGUAAUACAUUUAUUUGUGGAAAAAUCCCAAGCAAGGAAGAAGAUGAAAAAAUUGAUCAUUCGAAUCUGGAGGUAGAUUACGAUUACUUCUAUAAUAAUAUUUGGCCAGUUUUAGUGAAACGUAUUCCAGCAUUUAAAAAUUUGAAAAUUAAAAGUGCGUGGGCUGGUUAUGAAGAUGUAAAUGUAUUCGAUAACUCACCAAUUAUUGGAGAACAUUUGCUUUAUCACAAUUUGCAUUUUCUGUGUGGAUUUGGGAAUAGGGGGAUGCAACAUGCCUUAGCUGUUGGGCGAAGUUAUGCUGAGAAAUUACUGGAAGGUGCAUAUUUGUCAUUAAAUUUGCGGAAAUUUGAUAUGAGACGAUUGGUAAAGAUGGAAAAAUUAGAGGAAGAGUAUGGCUGA